GUCUCCAAUUUGAGCGGUCCGUGCGAUACAUCGUGUAAAGAUACUCUCGAAAAGAGUGCUCCCUCGAUUCACAAUUCAAAAAUUGGAGCAAUCGCUCGUCGGACUAUUCAUAAGGCAACACAGAAUGCCAAGAAACAAGCUGCGUUAAUAUUGGUCGCCUAUUUAACGCUUUGGUCUCCGUACAAUGUGAUGGCCGUGAUGAAUAUGUUCGCAACGUCGACAGAGGGACGUGAGAUGAUUCUUGUGACGUUGCCGUUUCUGAACGCGUUGAUUGUCGUUAAUCCUGUCGUGAAUCCACUUAUCUAUGGACUUUCGCCGAGCCGUUCCAGGUGA